UGAAGAUUGAGAGAGUGAAGGAGAGAGCUGAGAAGAAAGGUGUAAACAGCAAGUGACUGGGCAUUAGGAAUGGAUACAUUAGUCUUUUAAAAAGAGUUAUCUUCUUAAAGUUUAAAAAAGAGUUAACUUCUGCUUUUUCAUUUACGGAAUAGACUCGGCCUCUUUCUCUCUGUACUGAGAGAUGUCUUCCAGGAUCCAGCAAGAAAGUGAAGGAGGGACAGCCACCUUGCUGCUACGAUUGCAUCCCAUGUGCAGAGGGGAAGAUUGCAAACCAGGAUGAUAUGAAUAACUGCCAUAAAUGCCCAGACAAAGACUAUCCAAGCAGAAACCAGGAUGCAUGUCUACCCAAGGAUAUCAGCUUCUUGUCUUAUGAAGAACCUUUGGGCAUCAGUUUAGCCUGCUUCUCUCUUUUCCUUUCCCUGAUCACAGCUCUGGUACUAGGUACAUUUAUGAAGCACCAUGACACACCCAUUGUCAUUGCAAACAACCGAAACCUCACCUACGCUCUGCUCAUCUCUCUCCUGCUCUGUUUCCUAUGUACAUUGCUCUUCAUUGGCCGACCUGAGAAGGUCACGUGUCUCCUCCGACAAACAGCUUUUGGCAUCAUCUUCUCAACCGCUGUUUCUUGUGUUCUGGCAAAAACCUUCACGGUGGUUUUGGCCUUCAUGGCUACAAAACCAGAAUCCAGGAUGAGGAAAUGGGUGGGCAAAGGACUAGGCCACUCCAUUCUCCUUUUCUGCUCCAUAGUUCAAGCAGGAAUAUGUACUGUGUGGCUGGCAACCUCUCCCCCUUACCCAGAUGUGGACAUGCACUCAAUGACUGCAGAAAUUAUACUAGAAUGUAAUGAAGGGUCUGUGACCAUGUUUUAUUGUGUCCUCAUCUACAUGAGCUGCCUGGCCACUGUAAGUUUUGCUGUGGCUUUCCUUGCCAGGAAGUUACCAGACAGUUUCAACGAAGCCAAGUUUAUCACUUUCAGCAUGUUGGUCUUCUGCAGUGUUUGGCUGUCCUUUAUUCCUUCCUACCUGAGCACCAAAGGAAAAUACAUGGUAGCUGUGGAGAUCUUCUCCAUCUUAGCCUCCGGUGGUGGGUUGCUGGGUUGCAUCUUUUCCCCCAAAUGUUACAUAAUCAUUCUGAGGCCUGAGCUGAACAAUAGAGAACACCUAAUAAGGAAGAAAAAUUAAAGAAAUAAUAAACCUGUCCUUUGCUGUAUUUUGUGC